UCGAAAUCUCUUAUACAAAAUUUGGGCAUCUCCUUUCUAUCAACGAGUCAAAGCUCUUCUCCUUUUCCAACAAAUCCUCUCAUUUUUCUCCUUUUUUGGUUCCUCAGAUUCUUUGGGGAAGUUGGUAGGGGGUGAUUUGAGCUAGAAGUCAGACUUGUGGCUAUCUGUUUCUUUGUAAUAAGAUGCACUUCUGGUCAUCAUCAUACCAAAAUGCAGAGAUUUGUUUGUCUCUUACAUCUGGAUGGAUGCCAAGAAGUUUAUGCAGUUGGUCGAGGAGAAAAAGAAGAGAGCUCUUGAGAAGAAAGAAGGCCACUUAAAAUGGGAGCAAAAACUUGAAGCUUCAGCUAAAGUGAAGUCUGAUGCUGAAGCUGGAGAGAAAACCAAGGCAGCUAAGCAUAAAAGGAAAUCUGACUCAGGGUCUGAUAAUGGGAGUGACACUGACAGUGCAUAUGAAAAGAAAAAAUCCACGGGAAAGUCCCAUAAGAAGCACAGGAAGCACCAUAGCUCAGAGUCUGUUGAUUUGGAUAAGAAGGACGAGAAAUCCAAGCGGAAGCCAAAGAGAAGGUCCUCUGAUUCCAGUGAUGAUAGCAGUAGGGAAUAUGAUGAUGAUUCAGAAGAGAGAAGAAGAAGAAAGAAGCGUGGUCACAAGAAGCGUAGGCAUCAUGAUAGAUACUCAGAUUAUAAUUCCUCAAACUCUUCAGAUGAUGAAGACGUGGGAAGAAGACACCAUUCAAAGUAUCACAAACGUCAUCGAAGGUCACACCCAAAUGGAUCAGAGUCUUCCAGUGAUGAUGACCAUGUUGCAGCUAGGAAACGAAGCCACACAAAGCAUCAUAAACGUCACGGAAGGUUGGACUCAGAUGCUUCUGUCUCUUCUAGUGUUGAAGAAAAAGUGAACCGCAGUAAUCACGGAAAACAUAGCAAACGUCAUCAGAGACCCCAGAGUCACGAUUCAAGGUCUUCGGAUUCUGAAUAUUUUAGGCGUGAUAGAAGUAGAUCCCUAGGAAAAUCUUCUGAUGAGAAUGAGGAAUUAGAUAGAAAAGAAAAGCACAGGAAGAAUCAUCAUCGACAUGUUCAUCACCGUCAUCACCAUUCCAACCAUAAGCAUCGCCGCUCAGAUGAAGUGUUGAAGGACAAUCAUCAACGUCAUGACAAAAACGAAAGAAAUGGCGAGCCAGUGGAGCAUACAUCUGAGGUGCUCAAGGAAAGUGAUAACAGUGGUGCUCAUGUGAUUCAAAAUGCUUAGGAUGCUACCCAAUUCAUGUUGUUUUUCCAUUUUGUGGACUCUACAUGGCCAUUGCGAAUUACAGUUGGGCUGUAAUAUCUUUAAUCUGAUCAGCACAUUUGUGCUACUAAUGAUACUGCUGUUGAUUAACAGAAUGACAUAUUGUUGCUAAAAUACUCUUCAUGUUUAGUGAAGUUUUGAUUUGUAAGCUAAUCAAAUCACAUAUUAAUGUGAUAGGUGGAUUAUGACAGGUAAACUUUUGGUUGGUCAA